AUGAAUAACGAGCUUCUGCAAUUUUAGUUGAUUUUAUUAUCUUCUUCUGUGAUAACUUUAUUUUAUAUUUACGACAGAGAAUUGAGUAAAUCUAAGAUUUCAAUCUUGUUCUCUGUUUGUAAUAUCAGCAUUUUUUUGAUUGAGACAAGGAUGAUAGGAAAUUCGUAGUGUAUUUAUAUUCUCCUAAAAUUAUUAGAUUUAACAAUAGCAGCAGCACUAUUUCUAAUAUUUAAGUAUUAUACUAAACAACCAGAUGAAACCUAUAUUCCAUAGAUAAAUAUUUUGAAAACUUAAGUUUCAGAACACCCAGGAAAAAUAGACUAAGAAAUGGAAUAAUACCCUCAAUAUCUACCAGCCAUUCAAUCCAUUCAUGAAGAAAGUAACUCAAACAUGACACCCAAGCAGAUACCAGUUUCUAAUGAAAAUAUUAAUGGACCCUAGAAUACUACAGAGAGGGGAAAAUAACAUAUUAAACAAGAUUCUAUGAUGGGUUUCUUAGGAGAUAAAAAAAGAUCCUCUUAUACUAAAAACAAUACCAAUAGUGUGAUUCCUUAGAGAUAGUAGACUAGUUAGCUAACUUAAGGUAAGAAUAUUAAAAUUUAUAAAGCAAACUUCAAUGUGAUAAAGUUUUAGGAUGAUUGUGGAGAGAUAAAAUUUGGUCUUCUAAAAACAUUGAAAUCAAUUAAUUUUGAUUAAUUAGGAAAGGAGAUUGAGAUUAUAUAUCAAAAUGACAAAACACUUACAAGAUUGUUAUCAAAUAUUGAGAAAAAAUCAGGACCUCGAAUGUAGAUUCUUUAUGAGAGUCAAUAACCAGCAAAUCCUAUCAUUAAUGAUAAUUUAAGAGGGGGUAUAUAAUUAGAUUAUGGUAAUAAUGAUUAACUUCAAAUAAAUGAACAAAAAUAGGUGACAUGGAAGAAGAUAUUUUAAGUAUUAAGUUUUUAGAUAGCUUUAAUUUGUAAUUUGUUAAUUUUAGAAUAAUGGUAAAUAAGAUAGAUUGUUCUAUUUUCUUUCAUUUGUUUUAGAUAUAUAUUUGUCUUUUCAAAAUUAAAGAUAAAAUAAUUAGAAUUCUAAUUAGAAUUCAGAUAAAUUAUAAUAUGGAGUUCUCUUAUAUUUUUACCUUUGAUUUCUUUAUUUAUUUUAAAUCUUAUAGAGAAGAAUAUUGCUUAAAUUAUAAAUUCCAUUGCUUAAUUGAUCUCAAUUAUGAUCACACUUAAAUAUUACAAAUCAUUAUAAGAGUAUUUUAAUAAUAUUUAUAUUUAGACAUCCUUAUUCAAUAUCUUUUUAUAUACUUUUGUUGGCCAUAAUUCUUUGUUUUAUUUGA